CUACUAAAUAUAAUAAACAAUGGUUUAGACAUUCAUUGCAUACACUGUUUACUACUACUAGUCGUAGACAACAAUAACAAGAUUACCGAUAAUACUGUCCAUUCAUUAGGAGUGGCCAUCGAUGACAGUGAAAGAGAUAGAGAGACUGACCAACCGAUCGAUGGGUUAGAUUACAUCAAUUGAUUCAUUCAGCGGCAACAACAACAACAACAACAGUGACCUAAUAUCCCGCGCGCGAGUGAGAGAGAGAGAGAGAGAGAGAUGGCGGCCAACAACGAGACGACGGGCAACAACAAUAGCGCUAUCGAUAUGUCAAUUAGUGGACACUUUAACAUGUCGGCAGCGGCGGCAUCGGUAUCGUCCGCAUCGUCUUUUUCGGCCAAAAGUUGCGACGAAUAUCGCGAAGUGUUGCGCAAACAUCAGACAAUUGCCGUACUAUUGGAUCAGUUGAAAUCGCCGGCCAUCACUGAAGUGGCCAACGCUUGUCUGGCUCUAUGGGAUUUGUCGGCUUUGUGUCCGAAAUAUCAGUUUGCAUUGUUCGAGUUGGGCGCCGUACCCAUGCUGACCAAACUGACCAAUAGCCGACAUCAGACGAUAGCCGACGGCGCCCAGAAUACACUGAAAAAUUUGCUCAGUUCGCCGAUAGCACCCGAUUAUAUACCCAUUACCACCGAAAACAACUGUUCCAAUGCAUCGAUACCAUCGCUACAGGCGCGCAAAAUUAAGGCAAUCAAAGAGGAUAUGGAUCGCAUCGAAUCGGCGCCACCGCACGGCACCUAUCCAUCCAAAGGCAAUGUCUUUUUGCCAGGUCGGAUGUAUACAUCGUGUUCGGCUCACAUAAAUCCGCAUCAGGUUUCCCGUUCAAACAGUCGGGACAGUAUUGAAUCGUCACAUUCGGAACCAGUGGGCAGAUUGAAUGGCACAGCCACCGCCACUAACACCAGUGCCAGCACAACUACCGAUGCCGUCAACAUAAUCAGAGAGCGCAGGCAGCGGACAACGUUUGCCAAACAGCACACGACAUCACCUAUUUAUGCGACACUACCCGCAAACCACUAUAGAAUGAACGACAAUGAUAUCGAUUAUGAUAUAUACAAUACCGACGGUAAUUCAUCGAUGAAACGAUCGACCACUAGAGGCAGUGGCGGCCAAUCGUGUUCAAUGUUUACCAAUUCGAUGCUUGACGCCGAUCCCGAACCAACCGACUAUAGUAUACGCUAUAAAGAGCGUCCGAUUGAUGAUUUUGUAGCUCCCAGAUUGGUUCCGCCGGCGGUGGCCACUGGUCCGACUCAUGCGUCGACAGCGUGCGACGAUUCGGUUAAAGUCUAUAAUACUGAGGGAACUCCGCUAAACUUUUCGCUGGCCUCGUCGCUAACCGAUUUGCGUGCGGCUGGCAUGUCAUCGAUUGAUGAAGAAAAACGAUCGCUGACUAAUCCCGAUUUUAAUGAUAUCCAAGAUCAUCAUCAGCAUCAUCAUCAUCGAAGUAAUGGUGGACCAAUUGAUCAAUCGGCGGACGACGAUUGCGACGCUGCCGCCACAACCCGGCGGCAACAACAAAAGCCGCUAAUAUUAUACAAUAAGCCAACUCUACCGCCGAAACCAAAAUUUUUAUCACAAUCUACUAGUAGUGGUAAUAUUAAACAGAAUAUGAAUGGUUUCAGUACUGUUGCUGCUGCUGAUGGAACUACUACUCCGCCGUCGCCUAUUCCAGAUGAUGGUAGUCGUGAUGGUGCUGGUGGUGGCGAUCAUCAUAGAAGUUAUUGUAGUCAGACAUUUAUUGGUGAUCAGCAGCAGCAAAACGUGACCAAUAAUGGUCAAGAUUACGGCGAAGUGACGCCAAUGAUGUUCUCCCGGAGCAGCUCUAUGUCUGAGCUGAGCGACUGCGAUGUCAAGUCGGAUAUCUGCCAGAGUUCGGUCGUCAGUGAAUUCAGUCGACUUCAAUCGCAAGCAGUCUCGCCCAGCGAUCUACCCGAUAGUCCACUCGAUAGUCCCAAACUGCCAUAUAAAGGAUCGACACUAUCCUCACAGCAACAACAUAUGAUGAUACACUCGACGCCAAUUAGUGGCUGCAAUGGUGGUCACCUAACCGAUGCCAUUAAGACAACAAACAACGCUUACACCGCGCAAAGCGUAGCCAAUAACGAUGAUCUCAUUAGGGGAACGGUAUUUGAAGAGACACCCAUUAGUUUUGCUACCGAAGGUACGCCAGCUGUCUAUUCGGCGCUGUCGUUGAGUUUGAAUUCACUAACCGACGGUCUCAGCGAUUUGAAUAUGAAUAUGAAUGAUAUGAGUGUCGGCGGCGGCAGCGGCGUCGGUACUUCUACCUGCGGUAUCCAAAUUGAUGGCAACGGCGCACAGUCAUACAGUUCCCGACAACACUCGGAUCAGCCGAUAAUUGAUGUCAACGAUAUUCAUACGGAUAUUGUUGUCACAUCAUCAUCAUCAUCGAGUGAUGAUGACUCCGAUGUCCAACUACUGGACGCUUGUAUAUCGACCGGAAUGCGUAAUAUAUCCACUGAACGGACAUUCUCUCGCAAUUCUCAGCAUCGAAUUGAGACACAGACGAAGAGAACAGUUCCGUCACCACAACGACAACAACAAUUAUCGCCGUCACCUGUACUGAUGAUGGCGGGUAACACUUCAUCGUCAACAACGACAACAACAACCACUAAACCUAUACCUCAUCCGCGUACCAAAACUCCUUGUUCGCGAUCGAUGUCCUAUUUGGUACGUUCGGCUCCCGACGGCCAGUCAUAUUUGGACAAUGAUACACUAACCACUUACGCUACCGAAGCAACUCCUUGUCAGCUAUCGCAUGCUAGUUCCCUGAGUCAACUGUCCAUAUCAACUACUAACACAAAGUCGGAACAGAUUUAUAUGAACACAACAGCAACGACAACAACAGCUAUUAUUCAUCAGUCAUCGGAUGAUGAAAGCGAUGACAAUGAUGUUGAUAUCGAUAUCAAUGUCGUCGAUGACAGCGAUGACGAUGAAGAGUUACUCCAAUCGUUAAUCGAAUCGGGUCGUAGUGCCAGUCGUUCGCAACAUAAUACCGCCAGUCGAAGAACUAGCCGAACAGCGGCUAAACGAUCGCCAAAAACGCCGAAAACGACGCCAAUUGUCCGAUCGCCGAACAAUGAACAACAUCUGCUACUAAUCAACAACAAUAACAACUAUUCUGGUAAAGACCAUGUGAUCGAAGUUAACGGCGACCAAAGUCGACAGUACUGUGAGGACACACCUGUCGAACUGACUCGUUGUCAUUCGCCGCUCAGUGCACUCAGUCUGGAGUCGGGCGGCAAUAUCGGUGAGGACGACGACGACGAUGAUGAUGAUGACCGCCGAAACGACUAUGGCUACGAUGAUGAUCACGAAUUGCUAUACGAAGUGAUCAAUAGGGGUAUGAUUCAGACCAAUGGACAAACACCGGUCAAACAGUUCGGCCACAAGAGAUCUGAUAGCGUCACUAACGACGAAGCAAUCGACUCGUGCGAUGAGAAUACCGUUACGUAUACCAUAUGCCGCAAAAAUGAACGCCAAUCGACUACUGAUAUCAGCAACAAAUUGUUGGACAAUUUAAAGUCAUCGGCAAUGAUGGAUUCGGUCGGUAUUUCCGAAUUGGAUAACGUAAAGCCGCCAUCAAUUAUGGACGGAUCUAUGUUUUCGAGUACCGAAUCGUUUUCGUGGAGACAGGUGUCGGGCGGCUGUGGCGGUAACGGCACUGGCGGCGGUGCUACUUAUAACAAGAGUGAACAACUUGAUAAUGUUAAGCCGCCCUCAAUAAUGGACAACAUUUGUAUGACACAAAGUGUGGCCAGUACUACGUCGGAGAUAUCGGACAUUGCCUACGAUAAUGAUUUUGAUUAUGAUGCCGGCGGCGGCGGCGUCGUCAGCCAGAAUGAGGUCACGAAAAUGGCCAAAUUAUGUGCCCAACAAAUCGGUUCGCUAACCUAUUUGGCCGAUACGUCCGAAUCGGAAACGUUUGCCGAAAAGAAUUGCCGUUUGCGUCAAUUAACGGCAAAUAAUAAUAAUACUAAAUUGGACAAACGAGGCGUCAUUCAGGGCUACGAUCUAUCAGAUUCCGAGACCGGCGAAGACUUGCCACUGGACAAAGAGUGUCCGUCGAGUGCCAUACAGUCGUCAACGUCGGGCGUAUUCAGUAGAUCAUCGUCGGCGGCGCUGCUGUCGCUGGAAUCGCCCACUAUCUGUGCCGAUGUUAUCGCCGAUUUUGCCGCUGAAGACAAACAACGACUAAUGAAACGCGAAAAAGAGAUUAUUUUAGCCGAAAGACGAUUCUCGCCGGUCGGUUCCGAAGAUCUAUUAGACGAUAAUACUAUUGUUGUUGUUAACAAUCAAAUUGUUUGUGUCGGUGGUGUUGGUGCUGAUGACGAUGAUUAUGAUGAAUCGGAUCGCGAUUCCCGAUGCGCCACAUAUAACAUAAACUCUCCCCGAAGGGCCAAAAUUAUUAGGCCAGUCGUCCGAAAUAAAUCCAAAGAAGCAGUCCAUGAAUUGCCGUUAGUAUCGGCACCCAUACCUCACACUACCUCCUCUUCCGCCAAAAAUAAAUAUACGGCCAAACAGACGCGUACUUCGGCUCUGAGAGCUUGUCGAUCGCGAUCGGCUGAUACUCAUCUAAACGAAGAAUACUUUUUGCCUCACGAAAGGACGUCCGGCAGCGGCGCCAGUCAUUCAUUUGGCCGACACUCUGGCAGUGGUGGUGGUGGUGGUGGUGGUGGUGGUCAUCAGCAGUACAUUAGCUAUACGAACGAAAGCUGCGAUAGUAUAUCAUCGAUGAAACCGCCGCUAAGCGCUAGUGGUGGACACAAAAGUUCGUUAUCGUCGACGUCGGACUCUAAAUCCAAGAACAAGUCGUGGUUUAUGCCGAAUAGUGGCAGCGGUAGUAUCCGCUCAAAGCUGACCACUUCGGUCUCAUCGCAUACAUUGGGAUCGAGUAAUGCCAGUCUGUCGUCGACCUCAUCGAACGGCAUGACUCCGUCGUGCGCCUCAUUUUCGCGUCGCGGACUCGAAGUUCCGUCUCGUAUAGCGUCGCUCUGGAAGCGCAGCAAAAGUGUGUCCAACGAUAGUAAAGCCGAUAAAAAUUCAACUAAAAAAUCCGAUUUAAGUCGAUCUAUAUCUGCCCGAAGGUCUUUCGGUAAAUCAAUCAAAACAAGCGAACACAAUGUUACACAUUUGGUCAGGAAUUCGACAUUUGAAAAGUUACCGCAAAGUGCCGACGAGGCCAACAAUUUGGACAGUAAUGGACACAAAAAACAACCACAAUAUCAUCGUAAUCACCACAAACAUCAUUCAACAACAACACCGACAACUGUAUCAUCGCAUCAUAAUAGCGACAAAUAUGAUAAAUAUAAUAACAACUAUCACUUAACUGAUGACAAACAUACCACUGAUUUGAUGUCGACGACGACGACUACCAAACAUACUAAACAUAGCGACCAAAGGAACGGCAAUUCGUUGUUUUUUAUGAAAUCUUUGACAAACAAAUCAAAAUCACAUCAGAAAAGUGGCCAAAAUUUUGUCACCGCCGCCGCCGAUAAUAAUAAUCUAAUUAACGAUAUCAAGACCAACAACCAAUCCAGUGAUAGAGUUAGGUCGUCAUCGAAAUCGCGCCGUUGUAUCGAAACGGAUGUAUGAAAGAGAGAUAUAUAUAUAUAUAGAUAGAUAGAGAAGCGCUUAU